GUCACCGAAAAUCGCUGCUCCGCAUCUCGUUCACGGCCGCUCCGCAAAACGCCAAAACCUCGUCGCGGGUCUGGACUCCGGCCCAUCCGCCGCACUCCACGCCCUACGCCGGCGAUCCGUACCGCUGCCCAAUGGCCGCCGUAGCAGCACCCCUCCCGUUCCUCACCGCCGCCGCCGCCGCCAGCAUCACCCUCACCACCAGGUCCCCACUUGCCUGCUUACGCACGCUGCGGUCCACCCCAACCUGCUGUUCGUACGUCGUCCGCGACGCUCCCGCUCCUGCUCUCGCGGUCACUCCUCGCUGCGGCGGUGCUUGCAGGGCUCCAUCUCUUCUCCCUCACCGCGUGGCAGCCUCGCCCUCAGCGGCGGCAGCGGCGGAAGGCAUGUCUGACCCGGAGCUGAGGCUGGUGCUCGAGCUCGCCACCGACGAGGAGCUGAUGGAGUUCGAGGAGAUUCUCUACGGCACCAGCUAUUUUAGUCCAUUGUUGAAAUCAAUUGCGAGAAGACCAAACUCAGAUUCUGCUGUUGUUUUGGAUGAUAUCGAGGAGAGAGAUCUUUUUAUCUCAAAAUUAGAGUCGAGGUUCCUGUAUCUUGCGGCAGAUGCCCGCUCGAUUAUAAGGGGGUGGAGGCCAUCUUACAGAGAUGUCUUGCUUGGAGUAAGGAAAAAACUUGGUGUUCAGUGCUCUAGCAAAUUGUCUACUGCAGACCUUGAGGCAGAAAUAUUUCUUUACCUUGUGAAUGAAUAUUCAAGCCAUCAGAAAGACCCAGUUUCGUUUCCAUGGGAUAAACAAAAAUCUCCAAACGAAAUCUCUGACCUUGGAGUAAACAAGUGGAAGGUGCUUACUGAUACGGCUUGGAGGAUUGGAGCAAAGGGACUGGAAAGUACCUUUUUAAAGGGUGGCAGUGCGUUGACUGUGAAAACAAUGUAUGAAUCGUUAGCUAGUAGACUAUCUGGAAAGCUGCUGAUGGAGGCUGCAAAUUAUGAGAUAAAGAAAGAACUUGUUAAGCAGGGUGGGCGGUUGGCAGCUGUUAACCUGGAGUCUAGAGCUGGCUUGCUUGCAGCUAGGCAGGGUUUGGCUCGCGCAGCAUCAAGAUAUGUUGGACUUAGGAGUGUCAUGACAUUUAUUGGACCGAUAAUGUGGGGGACUCUCUUGGCUGAUAUUGUGAUUCAAAUGCUGGGGACGGAUUAUGCUAGGAUAGUGCAGGCAAUCUAUGCAUUUGCUCAGAUUCGUCUGACUCGGACAAGUUACAUAGAAACUUGUUGACGCAAAAAUCAACAUACUGGAAUCCGAGGGUAAGUGUUUGCCGAGUCACGAAAAGUCAACCAAGCGUGCCAGUCAAUUUGACCUAAAAUUGACAAGGGAGAAAAUAAAGUCAAAUUCGAGAGC